AGCGUCCCCCUUCGCCCCGCGACGUGACGUGAAGCGCCUGCGCUCUGGGCCCUGCGCGUCCUCUAGGACUUACCCAGCAGGCAACGCUUCUGUCUCGGGUCAAAAUGGCGGGCAGGCCUGCCGUUGCAGCAUCAAGCCGGUGGCUGGAUGGUAUUCGAAAAUGGUAUUACAAUGCUGCCGGGUUUAAUAAGCUGGGCUUAAUGCGAGAUGAUACAAUAUAUGAGAAUGACGAUGUAAAAGAGGCCAUAAGAAGGCUUCCUGAGCACCUUUAUAACGAGAGGGUGUUUCGCAUUAAGAGAGCACUGGACCUGUCCAUGAGGCAGCAGAUCUUGCCUAAAGAGCAGUGGACGAAAUAUGAGGAGGAUAAAUUCUACCUUGAACCAUAUCUGAAAGAGGUUAUUCGGGAAAGAAAAGAGAAAGAAGAAUGGGCAAAGAAAUAAUCAUGUAGUUGAAAUCUGCAGAUGCCGCUGUCCUCAAAAUAUUUUUAUGAAGUUGGUUAAACCUGAAAUGUACAACUUAGAACUAUCUGGGUAUAAAUGUAUUACUUUAAAUAAAUAUCUAUUAUAAUUAUUGUUGGAGUUUUGGAAUUCUAAACCUUAUUCUGAGUAACUACUGAAUUUACAUAUCUGUGACAGUUCUUUCCAAACUUCUAAAAUAUUUUUCAGUUAGUGGUUAACUGCCUCCUGGAGCUCAGAGGAGCCACUUGAAUCCAUUUUCUUCACUGGUUGGAUAACUUUUUAAUUUACUGAAGUAAAUCACAUCCUUCCAAGUAGAACAGUCCCAUUUGUAUUGUCUUUGUAGGUUAGCAAGACACUUAGAAGGGCCUCCCUUACAGGGAUGGAUGGAGUAAGAAAUCAGUGGCUAUUUGACCUGAAGCAAACUGCGCAAGCAGACUGGCUCUCAGACUUUAAAAGUUACUCAGUGAAAGAGAGGACUCACCCCCUAGGUUGCCAGGAUUGGAAGACAGCCUUUUCCAACCACUACUCUCCAAGUAUAAUUGAUUUUACAUCCUAUCUUUUAAAAAAAAUUAUGCAACCCCUGUAUGCAUCUGUAUAAAUUAUAUAUAUAUAUAUAUAUAUAUAUAUAUACAUGCACCUGUGUUAAUAUGUGUAUUAGAAAACAAAAAUAGGCCUUAGAAAAAUAAACAAAAAUAUGAACACAAAUCUUACUUUCUUCCCAGUGACUGUCCCACUUUGAAAGUGGUUGUUAAAAGUAUAUUUUUAAGAAUUGGAUACUAGUAAUAUUUAAAGGUCUACUUUUUAAAUAUAAAUUUGAACCAUUCAGUAAUGUCAUCAUUCCCACCCCUAAAUUUUAAAAUGCCUUCUUUGGUGGAAGUGUGGAACCACAGCGAGCGGGGAAGCAACUGUGUGGAGCCUGCAGACUACACGGUGUUCCACAAGCCACUGCUGUGUGUUGGGGGAAUAUCUGAUUGGGGUCUUACCUUGAAGAACAAAACAACAGAGUGGAAAGCAAGUUUUGUGUGAUAGAGCGUACCCCAGGGAUUAUUGCCAGUUCAGUUCCAGACCCCCACAAUAAAGCAAACAUCAAAAUGAAGUGGGUCACGAAUAUUUUGGUUUCCCAGUGCAUGUAAAAGUUAUGUUUAUAACUGUAAUCUAUUAAGUGUGCAAAAGCAUUAUGUCCAAAAAAAAUGCAUAUAAUUUUAAAAUAUUUUGUUGCUAAAAAACCCUAAACACCAUCUAAGCCUUCAAGUUGUAGUAACAUCAAAGAUCACUUGUUAUCAUAGCAAAUAACAAUAGUGGUAAGUUUGUAAUAUUUCAAGAAUUGCCAACAUGUGACAGAGACAUGAAGUUCCAAAUGCUAUUGGAAAUUGUGCCAAUAGAGAAUGUCUAAAAUUUUGCUAAAAUAUUAGAAACCCUCAUUAAAAUCUUUGAGAGCCUCUCUUCUCUUGAUACUCAGGUUAUUUUCUGAAAUACCUAUCCUGAAAUCAUUGUCGAUUUUUUGGUCUGUCCAAGCUGCCCAGAUUCUCGUUUGAUAGUGGUUUUGGUCAUGAUAAAAGCAGUUCUUCAACAUGCUUGGUAUUUUUGUAAAAUUUGUGAUUUGACUUUGCAAUCGAAUUACGCUGUCAGAACAGUAUUGCAAAAUCACAGAGAAACUGAGAAAUGUAGGUAAGUGCUGAUGGUAAGGGAUUAUUUACUUAAGCAUCUGCUGAUUAGUAAACACUUUUGUGUCAUGAUGCUUCCCUAUUAGACCUAACAAGGUAACUGAGAUAAAUUCUCAGAUAGCAAAGGACUGCCAUUGUUUCAAUGCUCCAGUUUCUUCUCUCAGAUCUUUUCAAAUAAGUUUGAAUCCCAUAUAUUGCUGGUGGGUGUUAUAUUCAUAAAACCCAUUUGGCUCAUCGUCCUGUAGACAGAAUUAAAAAAAAAAAA